ACUACUGAUAUUGUUUUAGGAGCUCUAUCCAAUGAAGGCUACUGUAAACCUUACGAUAAAGAAGGCUCUGGUUACAUGCGUAGUGAUGCAGCUGUAGUAGUGUAUCUACAAAAAGCAAAGGAUGCAAAAAGAAUUUAUGCGACCUUUGUUUAUGGUAAAACCAACUGCGAUGGCUUCAAAAGAGAAGGAAUUACUUUUCCAUCAGUUGACAAGCAAAAAAUGUUACUGGAGGAAUUUUACGAAGAAUGUGAUAUUUCGCCUCUUGAGUUAUCUUACAUGGAGGCUCAUGCAACUGGUACUCUAGCCGGCGAUCCUGUGGAACUUCAAGCCAUCGAUGAAGCUUUAUGCGCUAAAAGACAGCUUCCUCUAUUAUUGGGUUCAGUGAAGUCGAAUAUUGGACAUCCAGAAGCUGCUAGUGGCCUUUGUCACAUUGCAAAGGUUUUAAUAGCAAUGGAAACUGGUAUAAUAGCGCCUAUUAUACAUUUUAAACAUCCACGAAAGGAUAUGACUGCUAUCAUUGAAGGAAGAGUAAAAAUAGUCACUGAACUGACAGAAUGUAAGGGUGGUUAUAUCGGUACUAAUUCCUUCGGAUUUGGCGGUGCUAAUUGUCACAUAUUACUGAAAUCAAAUCCAACAGUUAAAGUUAAUAAUGGAGCAGACGAUAAUUUACCUAUGCUCGUAGCUAUAUCUGGAUGUACGGAGGAAGCAGUUAAAAUUAUAUUAGAUGACGUAAGUACACUUUAUAAUUUAUUUCACAAAUAAUCUAA